AUGGCCCCAAUUGCCCUUGAAAACGAGGACCAUUCACGAGAUGCCGCCUUCAAUAAGGCGAUGCACGGUAAAUCUGUCGACUCGAAAGGCUUUCGAUCAAUGCUGAACAAGGACCAUGAUGCACACAAGGCAGCUACUGACGAGUAUUUCAAGCAUUGGGACAACAAGUCUGCUGGCACGGAAACUGUAGAAGUUAGAGAAGCACGGAAAGCAGAAUAUGCCACUCUUACCAGGCAAUAUUACAAUCUCGCCACAGAUCUCUACGAAUAUGGCUGGGGAGGUUCUUUCCAUUUCUGUCGAUUCGCGUACGGUGAAGGCUUCCACCGAGCCAUUGCUCGACACGAACACUAUUUGGCGCACACGAUGGGCCUUCGACAAGGUAUGAAGGUUCUGGACGUAGGAUGUGGCGUUGGCGGUCCAGCAAGGGAGAUUGCAAAAUUUGCAGGCGUCAACAUCGUUGGAUUGAACAACAACGACUAUCAAAUUGAGCGUGCUGGCAAGUACGCUGCACAGGAAGGACUUUCGGACCACCUGAGUUUCACUAAAGGUGAUUUCAUGCAAAUGUCCUUUCCUGCUGAGAGUUUCGAUGCAGUGUACGCUAUAGAGGCUACUGUUCACGCCCCGUCUCUGGAAGGAGUCUACUCCCAGAUCUUUCGAGUACUGAAGCCUGGUGGUGUGUUCGGUGUUUACGAAUGGUUCAUGACCGACCGUUAUGACAAUGAUAAUCCUCACCACCGCGAGGUUCGCCUGGGAAUUGAACAAGGCGAUGGGAUUUCAAACAUGGUGAGAGUGUCCGAGGGCCUGGAAGCGAUCAAGGCUGCCGGCUUUGAGCUUGAGAUGCAUGAGGAUUUGGCGGACCGCACAGACGCACGGCCAUGGUACUAUCCCCUGGACGGAGACUUGAGGAUGGCAUCGAGCCUUGGUGAUGUCCUCACCAUCGCUCGGAUGACUAGGAUAGGGCGCUUUUUGGCUCAUACUGCUGUUGGAGGGUUGGAGAGAAUUGGAGUUGCGCCGAAGGGAACGAAGAGAACCGCAGACAGUCUCGCGUAUGCAGCUGAUUGCUUGGUGGCGGGGGGUAAGGAGAAGCUGUUCACUCCGAUGUAUUUGAUGAUUGCGAGGAAACCAAAAGCAUAG